AUGGAGGUGAGCCAGGCCUUCGACUGGGAAGAGCUCGAGAAAGUGGAGGCCCACCAUCAACCGAAAGAAUCAGAGCUGCGCACUGGCCUGCGGAAAGCACGGCCGCAGUGGAGUCAGAGCGAGCUUCUCGCAGCAGAGCGCAAGCUGGCUGGGGUGGGCAUCCGCGAUGCCAAAGCACUUGCAGUUGCCCUGGAAGAGGAGCUGCCAGAAGGCCCACGCGUAAAUCGGCUGCUUCAGCAAGCUGGGUUCCGAGCGUUCAGUGCUGAGGCCUUGGCCGCAUUGAGACUCUUCUUCGCUUCGCCUUCCACGAACACGGAGCCAGAACCCGCACAGCCCGAAGGCAACGACGCCUUGGAUGCUGGCUUUGACGAUGAGCCGCAAGGGGAUCUCAGUGACUGGGCUGUGGUCCAUGGCCGCGUGGCGCUGCGAGCCGCUCCCAGCACCCAGGCCGAGGCUUUGGGUGUGCUUGUGCGCGGCCGUUUGGUCCGCGGCUGGCAUCGCCAGAUCGCUGGGGAGCCGUGGCUUUGCAUGCGCUUGAGUGAUGCCUUGGGUGGGCCUAUGACCGAAAACGUUCUGCGAGAGUGGCGCAUCAUCAGCCCCGAGGUGGCUCUUUGUCGGACUCAGGAUGACAGCACGAAGUUCAAGGAUAUUCCCCAGAGGGCUGGACCCCUUCUGGGUUGGCGAGAGGGCAGCUGGAUGCGACUGGGCCACAAGUCCGGCUACGUGCGUAUCGACCGUGGAGGAGUCGCAGAACUUCAAGAGCUGCCGGAGAGGAUGGCUUGGCUGCUAAUCUCUGGUUCUUCGCUGGGCCUCGGUGCUCUGUUGGCCCCCCUGGACGCGGCCUUGGACGAGACUCUUGCCGAGCCGGCCGAAACUGAGACUGGCACGCAGAUCCGCCGCGUGCUCGGCCGUGGUCUCUCGCUCUUCGCGACGAAGAACUUUGACCAGGGCGUGGCUGUGCUCGAGGACCGGCCCUUCUUUCGACGACCGAGCUUCGCGCAGCUCAAGAAGUACCAAAAGUUUUUCUCAAAGGCCUUCCAGAAGCAAUACGAAAAGAUCAAGGCGCCACUGACACUUCCUGGACACUCGGAGAAGGUGCAGAGCUAUGUGUACGCCUCUCCGUCUAUGCUUCGCAGCGCCGUGGCAUUCGCGACUUCCAGCCGCCUUGUCCAGCAGAUGAUCUUGGAGUUGCACUACCCGAGACUUGACUUGGCUCACCCCAUCGUGUGCAUUGCCGGGGAGGUGGCGGCCUUGUGUGCCCGGACCGUGCCGGAGUGUGCCGAGGUUGAAGAAGUUCUCCAGAGAGCGAUCCUGGCCAUCGAGAUGAACAUCUUCACGGGUGAGAGCUGCUUCCUCACCAUCAGCCGGCUGAACCACAGCUGCUUUCCAAACGUCGUAUUUGUCAGCGACAAGAGGCAUUUCCGAUCUCUACAGCCAAUCGAGGCAGGUCAGGAGCUCCUUCACAGCUAUCUGGGACGAGAGCUGCUUCUGCCCAUCGAGCUUCGCCGCCGUCAUCUCUGGCGCUCGAAGUGCUUUCAAUGCGCCUGUGAACGCUGCGCCUCACAGGAGGAUCCGCUUCGUGCGAUUGCAUGCAUGCGCUGUGCAGAGCGUCGACAGCGAUGGGAGGUUGUGCACUCGCCUGGGGUGUGGCUUCGGAGCACCCCCAGCGUCGAGGGUCCGCAGAAGCGAUUUCUGAAGACUGGCACGAGGAUGAAGGCGCUUCUGGAGAUGGAAGAUGCACCGCCAGCUUGGAUCCAUGUGGAGGUGUGGUCGGAUCCUGAUUCUGAAGAAUGUAAGGACAUCGGCUGGGUCCUCACCAAUGGCCGGAAUGUUGUGACUGGUUCAAUCAAUCGCAUGCUUUGCGUGCAGAUAUCCGAGGACGGGCGUCAGGCCAGUGAUGCUUUCGAUGGAUCGGCAGCCACCUGGAGCCCUGGGAGGGCUUUCUGGGACUUGGCAUCUGCAAUGCUGUUACCUCCAGACGAGCAGCAUCCAGUCUCCCCACAUGAAGAGCAAGAAGAGGACGCGGUGACCCGCCAAGCUCUUGAAGGGAUCCCGCGAGGCCUUGAACUCCCCACAGCGGCCUUCGAAGGUUCGGACAUCCCACUGGCGGCCUUCGACGGGAAGAGCUGGAGAUGCUCACAGUGUGGGCAGCCGCCGAAGAACGAGGAGCAGCUGCAAUCCGCGGAGCGCCUGCUAGGCAGGCUGGCGGAGAAGACGUUCUUCUCCCCAUCUAUGACACCGGCCCUCGGCUCCGUGCAGGGUGGGCUGCCUGGAGGCCAGAAUCUGAAGAUGGUAAAGCGCAGCUUCAUCCGCCGGGCUCUGGAGCUCGCCACCACUGCCUCCUUGGUGCUUGGUCCCCAACAUUGGAGUGUCCACUGGGCUCGGUUGUUGGUGGUUGACCUCUACAUCUCACGACUGAGCUACGCUCCGAUGGGUGCCCGCCGGGUCGAAGUGGCCUCUGGACUCCUCACGGGCUUGGAGGAGUUGUGGGAGUGGCUCGCCUCAUUGGGCUUAGCGCACGACCCGAGCUGCUUCCUCCUGACGCGGAUGCAGGAGGCGCUGCGAUUGGUAGGGGCUGGCUCAGGGCAUCUCCUCCCCCCAGAAAUCCAGCGAAAGGUGAGGCGGUUGCAGAGCCUCAUGGAUAACUGCGAGAAACAGGUCGACAUUCUCCCCAUCCGGCCGCUGAUCAUUGAUGGCAGCAGCUUGAUCGCAAGUGAGGAUGAAGAAGAUGAGGCGAUUUGGGUCAUGGUGUUUCUCAAAGCCUCGCCCUCUGGUCUGGGGUCUUGGGCUUGGGCUGCAAUCCGGAGGUCUGAGGCGUGUGCGCAGCAUCAUGUUUUGAGCUUGCCGAGGUAUCUCCUUCCAGUGAUGAAGCUGAGGUUAUCAGCUUCCACAGUUUCACCAGCUUGUGCCGUCGGCCAAAGACCUGCCACGCGCCUUCCAGAAAAGAAGAAGCACUGCGCAUCACUGUGCUGA